AUGGGCAACCAGAGCUCCAAAGAAGGUGGCGGCUCCGGCAACGAUGCCUUCCAGUCAUACCCAUCGCUGAGCAAGUCGGACACCAAGGAGUCGUCGCGAUCGUUUCGGUCUCUGCGGUCCAAGAUUCCCGGCGGCAGCGGCGGCAGCGGCGGCGCCAAGACCGACAGCCCGCGUGCUUCGUCCAACCUGGUGAACGGUGAGAACUCAAGUGGCAGCAACGGUAACAGCAAUGUCGACGGCGCCGCCUCGGUUCGCUCAGGUAAGAACCGCCGUUCGAGCGCCUCACGCAACAGCCGGUCCGACCUGCCACACAUGAGGUCGGCCUCGACCGACCUGACGUCGGCGGCAUCAGCCAUGGACUCACCCAUUCUCGACGACCAGCCCCCGCCGUCACCCGUGCAGUCGCAGUCGAUGAAGAGCGGCCAGCACUCUGACCUGUCAGCCGCCCAGGCGUCGGGCGAGGUUGACCACGUGUCCGACCAGCCUCCUGGGGCCGUGGCCAACGCCAACACGUCGACCCUGCAGCCGGGGGCUUCGAUCCUGGUGAAGCGUGAAAACGCUGUUAACCCGGUCAUCGUGGCGGCGCCGCCUGAUCCGACAAAGGGCGAGUCGGGGCCCAACAUGAGCAUGUCGGACAUCAAGGAUAUCGAUCUGGACGACUUCAUCAAGCGGCUCCUGGAUGCGGGGUACUCGGCCAAGACGACCAAGGCCGUCUGUCUCAAGAACGCCGAGAUUGUCGCCAUCUGCCAGCAGGCCCGUGAGGUGCUGCUCAGCCAACCCGCCCUGCUGGAGCUCGAUGCCCCGGUCAAGAUUGUCGGCGACGUCCACGGCCAGUACACGGACCUGAUCCGCAUGUUUGAGAUGUGCGGCUUCCCCCCCAACGCGAACUACCUGUUCUUGGGCGACUACGUCGACCGCGGCAAGCAGUCCCUCGAGACCAUCCUGCUCCUCCUGUGUUACAAGCUCAAGUAUCCCCAAAAUUUUUUCCUGCUGCGCGGCAACCACGAGUGCGCAAACGUCACCCGCGUCUACGGCUUCUACGACGAGUGCAAGCGGCGUUGCAACGUCAAGAUCUGGAAGACUUUUAUCGACUGCUUCAACACCCUGCCUAUUGCCUCCAUCGUCGCCGGCAAGAUAUUCUGCGUCCACGGUGGUCUCUCUCCCGCCCUCAGCCAUAUGGACGAUAUCCGCAACAUUGCCCGCCCCACCGAUGUUCCCGAUUACGGCCUCCUAAACGACCUGCUCUGGUCUGACCCCGCCGACAUGGACUCGGACUGGGAGCCGAAUGAGAGAGGUGUCAGUUACUGCUUUGGCAAGCGCGUUAUUACCGACUUCCUUGCCGUGCAUGACUUUGACCUCAUAUGUCGCGCCCACAUGGUUGUCGAGGACGGGUACGAGUUUUUCAACGACAAGGUCCUCGUCACAGUUUUUUCUGCGCCGAAUUACUGCGGUGAAUUCGAUAACUGGGGUGCCGUUAUGUCCGUCUCGUCAGAGCUACUGUGCAGCUUUGAGUUGAUCAAGCCGCUGGACUCGAGCGCACUCAAGAACCAUAUCAAGAAGGGCAGGAAUAAGAGACAGCAGAUGCUCAAUAGCCCGCCUGCGAGUGUCCACCCCCAGAGCGUCUAA